AUAAGAAUGUCAUGUGCACUUUUGUAUCUAACCUCAAGGAAUUACACAAUAAAUUUAAGAUUCACCGACUAAGAAGCCGACAAAAUGACGAUAAUUAAUUUAUUGAAGCAUCCACGAACAACAGCAAUAGCUAACGGUGUUAAAAAUGCCCUUAACCACAAAUCAAUGUCCAACUACACAAAAUAUGCUGAACACAAACAACUGGAAAAAAUACGAAAUAUAGGAAUAUCUGCACAUAUAGACUCCGGCAAGACAACUCUAACGGAACGAAUAUUAUUCUACACCGGACGUAUUGCCGAAAUGCACGAAGUGAAAGGUAAAGACAAUGUAGGUGCAACUAUGGAUUCCAUGGAACUUGAGCGUCAACGCGGUAUCACAAUCCAAUCAGCAGCAACAUACACACUCUGGAAAGAUCACAACAUCAACAUCAUAGACACACCAGGUCAUGUGGACUUCACAGUUGAAGUUGAAAGAUCACUCAGAGUACUUGAUGGAGCAAUUCUGGUACUGUGUGCAGUUGGAGGCGUUCAAAGCCAAAGUUUGACUGUAAACCGUCAAAUGAAACGCUACAAUGUGCCUUGUCUAGCAUUCAUUAACAAACUAGACAGGAUGGGUGCGAAUCCAUCGCGGGUUUUAUCACAGAUGCGUUCAAAACUCAAUCAUCACGCAGCAUUCAUACAGUUACCGAUUGGUUUAGAAGGCGAAACCAAGGGUGUCAUUGAUUUAAUUGAACAAAAGGCGAUUUACAACGAGGGACCAUUCGGUGAGACAUUACGUUAUGACGAAAUUCCGAAGGAAAUGCGUGCUGAAUGCUCUGACAAACGACAUGAACUCAUCGAACAUUUAUCAAACGUCGAUGAAAAACUUGGUGAACUAUUUCUUGAAGAGAAAGCCAUGACUGACGCGGAUAUAAAAGCAGCCAUAAGAAGAACUUGUUUAAAACGCACUUUCACGCCUGUUUUAGUAGGUACUGCAUUGAAAAACAGAGGAGUACAACCUUUAUUAGAUGCUGUCUUGGAUUAUCUACCUCAACCUGGUGAAGUAGAUAAUUUUGCUUUGAAAGAACGCCAAGGAGAAGAUCCAAUUAAAGUCAAACUUGUUCCAACUAGAAGUGACGAGAAUGAAUUUGUUGCAUUGGCAUUCAAAUUGGAAGCGGGUAGGUUUGGUCAACUUACGUAUAUGAGGUGUUAUCAGGGAAUGUUGAAAAAGGGUGAGAAUAUUUUCAAUGCUCGUACUGGGAAAAAGAUUCGAAUUGCACGUUUGGUCAGAUUACACUCGAAUAAUAUGGAGGAUGUAAACGAAGUAUUCGCAGGGGAUAUUUUUGCGUUAUUUGGGGUGGACUGCGCUAGUGGCGACACCUUCCUUGCUGAUUUAAAACAAGAUAUAAGUUUGGAAAGUAUAUACGUUCCGGAUCCAGUUGUCUCAAUGGCGAUUAAUCCAGCAAACUCGAAAGAUAGAGAUAACUUCUCUAAAGCUAUUGCUAGAUUCACUAAGGAAGAUCCAACAUUUCACUUCUUCUUUGAUAGUGAUAAUAAAGAAACCAUUGUUUCUGGCAUGGGUGAAUUGCAUUUGGAAAUUUACGCGCAGAGAAUGGAAAAAGAAUACAAUUGUCCUGUAGUUUUGGGUAAGCCGAAAGUGGCGUUCAGGGAGACGCUCGUUGCGCCCUGUGAGUUUGAUUAUUUGCAUAAAAAGCAAUCGGGUGGUCAAGGACAGUAUGCGAGGGUGACGGGUGUUAUUGAACCUCUGCCGGCUCAUCGUAAUACUAUUCUGGACUUUGUCGACGAGACCGUGGGCACUAAUGUGCCGAAACAGUACAUUCCGGGUGUAAAGAGAGGAUAUAUGGCCAUGGCGGAGAAGGGUCUGCUUACAGGCAACAAGUUGUCUGGGUUAAUCUUCAGGUUGCAGGAUGGUGCGCAUCAUAUUGUUGAUUCCAGCGAAUUAGCGUUCUUCCUUGCUGCGCAGGGAGCAAUUAAAGAAGUCUUUGAAAAUGGGUCCUGGCAAGUCUUGGAACCAGUCAUGGCCGUUGAGGUGACAGCUCCCGAUGAGUUUCAAGGAUCAAUCAUUGCCCAAAUCAACAAACGUCAUGGUAUCGUCACUGGUAGUGAAGGUACAGAAGGAUGGUGUACAAUUCAUGCAGAGGUACCCUUAAACGACAUGUUUGGUUACGCUGGUGAAUUGAGAUCUAGCACUCAAGGCAAAGGUGAAUUCUCAAUGGAAUACAGCAGAUACUCACCGUGUGCUAAUGAUUUACAAGAUAAACUAGUCGAGGAGUACCAGCGAAGCAUGGGUUUACUUCCGGAUAAAGAGAAAGCCAAAAAGAAGGGGAAGAAUUGAUGAGGUAAUCUAAUUAGUUUAAUUAAUUGGAAUUAUUUAAAUGUCUAAAGAAACAAUUGGGGAAAUGUUUUUUAUACUUCAAUUUGUUUGUCUGUAAUAUAUACUUUUAUUAUGUA